ACAUUGGUAAAUUCUCAGGUGACUGGCAUAUUGCCCCGUGGCUCCCAGCCAGCAGUUUCACCCUCGGCUGGCCACCCCCCCCUUAAUACUCUGUCACUGGAGUUUGCGUGCCUGCAAGCAGCCGCAGUCAGGUCGGCUGCCUCCUUGGAAGUGAUGAGUCCAGCAGAACAUAUACCCUGCCUCUCAGUCUGUCCCAUUCUCUUGCAGAUCUAGAGCCGUAAUGUCUAUGAAACAUUUACUCACUGAUGACGAUAUCACAAAGUUUGUGCGGGCCUUUUCAGCUCCUGAUUCCUUUAACCCCAAGAAAUUCUUUCAGUUAUGUGGCCUGAAGUCCAAGAGUAAAGGUGACAUGGAAAAAGUUUUCAAAAUCCUGGAUCAAAAUGUCAGUGGAUACAUAGAGGAAGACGAGCUCCCUUUUCUAUUGAUGCACUUCUCCCAUAAAGCUAGAGCGCUCUCUGCCAAGGAAACCAAGCACAUGCUUUCUACCUGUGACAAAGAUAAAGAUGGCAAAAUCAGCAUGGAUGACUUUGUAACCAUGGUGGCCGAAUCCUAAGCAAGAGAAGCUCUGUUGUUAUUUUAGCAAAGCCUUUCCCCUCCUUGGACACCGAUUUAUGUAUUGAUCCCAUUUUCUACACCUCUGGUCCCUGCCUAUUGGAUCUCCGUGCUGGAACAAAGAAUAACACAAUGCAAUAAAGGGCAAUAACAUCAA